UAUUCCUGGGGCCGUAGUUCGAAAAUCUUGGUUUAGAUAAUCAUGUAUUUUCUCCCCUCAUCCAGUAGUUGGCUAACUACUGAAGGAGGAACUAAUCCAUUGCUCUGCCCAUCGGUGUAGGGCAGCUUUCACACUGCAGAAGUAGAAGUGGGUCGUUGUGUAGCUGACCUUAUGGCCCACAGAACUUCACAUACAAGCACAUUUUCUGCUUUGCUGACUGUUAUGAAUUGAAUUGUUUCCCCCCAAAAUAUGUGUUGUGAACCCAAACCUCUAUGCCUGUGAUGAUAAUCCCAUUAGAGAACGGGUUGUGUUUGUUAUGUUAAUGAGACAGAUCAUUGCAGAGUGUUUUUUGAGUCAGUCUCUUUUGAGAUAUAAAGAGAUUAACCAAGAAAGCCAGUAAGCUGAGAUGGGGAAAGAUAGAUGCCAAACCGUAUGGAGAUCUCUCAGCACCAGGAAACAGAAGCUGAAGAGAUAAGAAACGCCCCUCAGAGCCGGCAGAGAGAAAGAAACGUUCCCUAAGAGCUGGUGCCCUGAAAUAGGACUUCUAGCCACCUAAACUGUGUGAAAAUAAAUUCAUGUUUGUUAAAGUCAUCCACUUGUGGUAUUUCUGUUACAGCAGCACUCCAUAACUAAGAAUUUGGUACGGAGAAGUGGGAGUGCUGCUCUAACAAGUACAUAUAAGGUGGAAGUGGUUGUGGAAUUGGGUAAUUUGUGGAUGCUGGAAGACUUUUAAGGAGGCUAAUUGUAAAAGCCUAGAUUGCCUUGAAGAGACCGUUGGUGGAAUUAUGGAUGUCAAUGGCAAUUUUGGCAUCAGUUCAGAGGGAAGUGAGGCAAUCUGUAGAGAAAUCUCUGCUGUCUUAGAGAAUACACUUGGCACCAGCAACAGAAUGUUGCUAGAAAGGUAGAAGUUAAAUGUGCUCCUGGUGAGGCUUUAAAAGAGAAUAAUGAACAUAUGAUGGACAGUGGAGGAAGGGCAGAGCUUUUUAUGCAGUGGCAAAGAACUUCCCUGGAUUAUAUUCAAAUGUUUGGUGGAAGGUAGAAUUUGUUAGUGAUCAAUUUGGAUAUCUGGCUGAUGAGAUUUCUAAGCAAGAAAAAGGGACCAUGAGGUUUCUCCUUGCCACUUAUAGUAAAAUGUGAACGGAAAGACAUGGACUGAAAAAUGAACUCUGCAAAAUGAAAACAAAAAGAUUUGGGAAAUUUUGUUGUACAAACUAAGGACACAUGUCCUAGAAUGUUCACCAAAGAUGUGGCUACACAAUCUUUCUAUUAAAGAGAUUUAGCCUGUGACUGAUGGAUCAAACCAACUACCACAGCAGAAAACCCGUAACUUAGACUGAAGGGGACAGAGAAAAAACACAAUGAAAGAAUGCUGUCUGCCUGUUGUAAUUCUAUAGACAGGAGACAGGCCAAAGGAGCUAAACCUGUUGUCCUCCAAGAAAAGAGAAAGACCAUCCCUGGAGCAGCUCAGAGAUUAGUAGAACUGUUGGAAGGAGCACAGGAAUCAGGGCCUUCUGGGAUUCAAAGUGGAGGGGGGGCCACAGUCUCCUAAUCUCAAGGGGUGGGGCCACAACCUCCUAGGUUUCAAAGAGUCUGAUCUUUGCCAACUCAGUUCUGGAGUGUGGGGCUGCCAUUAAGAUGUGACAGAGGGAUGGGGCCACUGCCCAAAGCUGACGGGGUAGGGCUGCUCCCAGACCCAAGGAGCUGAAGAACAGGGCCUGCAGGGGCUGAGAGUAUGGGGUUGCCACUUAGGUGGACUAGGAGAAUGGGGCUGCCCAAAACCCAGGGGAGCAGUGUUGCCAUCACAAAGGGCUUGGAAGGCAGAGCUGAAAGCCCAGGGCUGCAGGUCUUCCACCUAGAAUCCAGAGGGCGUGACCAACACCCAGAGUCUGGAAGACAGGGCCUUUCCCAGAUGGCCCCAAAACUGAUUGUUCAUCAUUUGUCCUCUAGCAAGCCUACAGGUCCUGACUCCACAGCAGCAAGAGAACCACUUGAAGGAAGGAGGAAGAGGUUGCAGGAUUUGGGUAUUAUCAUUCUGGGGACACCCUUCACAGGAGACUGAAAUUUCCAAACAGAAAUUAGAGCUGAUCCAGAAAACACAAAGACAGAGCUUCCCAGUUGCUGGCAAUGUCCCAAGAACAAAAGAAAAUGGUCAAGGCCCAGGAAUCACUGACGUUCAGCGACGUAGUUGUGAAGUUCUCCUGGGAGGAGUGGCAGCUCCUGGACCCCGCUCAGAAGGACUUGUACUGGGACGUGAUGUUGGAGAACUAUAGCCACCUAAUGUCCGUUGGGUAUCAAGUUAGCAAACCAGAUGCGCUCUCCAGGUUGGAACAAGGAGAAGAACCAUGGACUAUAUUAGACGAAAGUCAUAGUGGAAUCUUUUCAGAAAUCCAGAAAGUUGAUGAUCAUCUGCUUGGGCACUUGCAAAACAAAAGCAGGGUGGACAGAAUGGAACAGUGCUAUGAGUGUAAUGCAUUGGAAGAUGUUCAUCGGCACAAAAAUCAUUUUCCUUUAAGGGAAAAUCAUAAUACGUUUGAUUUAGAUGACAAAGCUGUGAAAUCAAAUUUAACUUCUCCAGCAGUCAACCAGAGUAAAAAUGAUGAAAUAAAGAACUCUGCUGAGCUUAAUGAAGAUGAGAAGACCUUUCUCUGUGCUGAUCCUGAGCAAUUUUGUACAGAAAUGAAAAUUCCAGAAAAUCGAAAAUCCAACAGCACCAAGUCCCAACUCAGUCAGCAUCGGAAGACUCCCAAAAUAGAGAAGAUGCAUGUAUGUAGUGAAUGUGGAAAAGCCUUCAUUAGGAAGUCUUUCCUCACUAAUCAUCAAAUCGUUCAUACAGGAGAGAAACCCCAUAGAUGCAGCCUGUGUGGGAAAGCCUUCUCUAAAAAGUUCAAGCUCACUGAACAUUAUCAGACAACUCAUAAAGGACAAAAACCAUAUAAAUGCACAGAAUGUGGCAAAGCCUAUCUCUAUCAAUCAGGGCUUAUUAAACAUCAGAAAACUCAUAGAGGAGAGAAACCCUAUAUAUGCACUGAAUGUGGAAAAGGCUUCUUCGAGAAGGCGGAUCUCAUUAUUCAUCAGCGAAUUCAUACAGGAGAAAAACCCUAUAUAUGUAGUGAAUGUGGAAAAGCCUUCAUCCAGAAGGGAAAUCUCAUUAUCCAUCAGCGAACUCAUACUGGAGAGAAACCCUAUGUAUGUGGUGAAUGUGGUAAAGGAUUCAGCCAAAAGUCAUGCCUCAUAGGACAUCAGAGAUUUCACACAGGAAAGAGUCCCUUUGUCUGUAGUGAAUGUGGAAAACCUUACUCCCAAAAGUCAGGUCUCAUUAGCCAUCGAAAAAUUCACACAGGAGAGAAACCCUUUCAAUGCAGUGAAUGUGGAAAAGCCUUCAACACGAAACCAAAGCUUCGUGUACAUCAAAGAUGUCAUACAGGAGAGACACCGUAUGGCUGCAGUGAAUGUGGAGAAACUUUUGCCUAUACUUCUUCCUUAUAUUUACAUAAAAGAAAACACACAAGUGAGAAAUGUGUAGAUUCAAUCAAGUUAGAAGACCCUUCCACAGCGAGUCACAGCUCAUCACAUACCAAGAAUUUCAUGCAGGAGAAAAGCCCCGUUAAUACAGUGAAUAUGCAGAUUCCUUCUAUGGCAGCUCAGACAUCAGUAAACAUCAGUGGGCUCCUAUCAAAUAGGAACGUAGUCCUUGUGGGACAGCCCGUUGCCAGAUGUGAACCCUCUGGAGAUAACAGACAAUUUGUACAGGACAGAAUCCUUAUGAAUGCAGUGAAUGUGGUAGUGCCCAUGAAUGCAGUGAAUGGGGUGGUGCCUUCAGUGAUGAAUUAUAUCUUAUUUUAUGCCACACAAAACCCGUAGGAUAAACUCAGAUACAUUUACUGGGGAAAACGUAUGAGCAGAAAUUUCUACCUCAUCAUAUGGCUACAGAAUGUAUCCUGAGGGAAACCAUAUAAAUGCAGACACUGGAAAAGCCUGAAGUGCUCGUUCUACGUAAAUGUAUGCAUGGAUAUCAAGACAAAAUCUAAUUUUAACCUAAAUGCAUACACAUCAGUUACUCUAUAGUGUCAAUUAAACAAAUGAAAAUCCAAGUUCAUGUUAGUGGACAAAAUAAGUAAUGUGAACUUUUAAAACAGAAAAGAUAAUCGGUAUUAGAAAUGUUGCGUGUGGUUGCUGUCGAGUCAGUUAUGACUCAUGGUGACUCCAAGUGUUACAAAUGAAACAUCACAUGAGAAGUGGUUGGUAGGUAAAAGCAGUAUUGGGUUGGUGGGAAUUGAGGCACAUAAAUAUCAGCUCAGUUUGUCCAGAUCAGUGUGAAGGAUCAAUUGAAAACCAGAAUGUCUACAACCAAUUUUAGAACUUUAUAUUAUAUAGAGGGACCUAUGAAACAACAGUCUUACAUUGAGUCUAUUCAUGAAUGUAAAGUGUAUCUGUCACAUAACUGCCUUUGUACCUGGCCCUGUUUCCAGGAGCUGAGGAUACAGUGGUGAAGAAAAAAGAAAAAAGACCAUGCCCUCUUGGAGAUAACAUUGAGUUGGUUGGAUUAUGUUUAAGUGGAAUCUUGACACUCCAGCUUAUCUAGUCAAAGGCUGAUGACAUAUCUACAUGAGGUGAGAUAAUAGAUGUGGAAUAAUUGGUACAAAAGGUUUAAUAGAAGUUUUAGGCGUGCAAAUAUCCUAAAAAUUAAUGACAAUUUCUUGUCAAAAUCUAUUUGCCAUGGAGUUGAUUCUCACUCGUGAUUCCACGUGUGUGAGGGUAGAACUGUGCACCAUAAUCAUGGCUGAUUUUUUCAGAACUGCGUCACCAGAAAUUUCUUUCUAGAUAUGUCUGGGUGGACUUGAACCUCCAGCCUUUUUGAUUAGCAACCAAGUACAUUAACCAUUUUUGCUACCCACGAUUCUUGGGGUAAGGACUCCUUUUAAUGGUACCUAACCAUCCUAGGAAACAUAGUAUUUAUUUUAAUGCCCGUGUCUUAUCUCCUUAACCCAACCCAGUGCCGUCGAGUUGAUUCCGACUCAUAGCGACCCUAUAGGACAGAGUAGAACUGCACCAUAGAGUUUCCAAGGAGUGCCUGGCGGAUUUGAACUGCCGACCCUUUGGUUAGCAGUUGUAGCAGUUAAGGAGAUUAUAAAUUCCGUGAUAAUUUUUGUGACUAUUUUGGUGAGAUGAGUUUCUUUAUAUGACCUUUAGCCUUGGUUUUUUUGAAAAACAGCAUGGGAGAUUUUUUUACCCUAAGCCCUUUGGAGCUGUUAACCUUUGUUCUAGUUUUUUAGAGAAACCCUGUUGGGGGUUCAGUCUCUCAGGUUGUUUUCUACCCCAGUGUGUUUGUUCCUUUUGCCCAGGGAAUUCCUUGUGUUGGUUGACAUUUUCUAGGUGAACUGUAAACAACUUGAUGGUUUGAUAGUUUUUACUGGCCCCUUCUGGUGAUUAAGACCUGAGUUGAUUGAUAUCUCAUGGGUAAAUAAGGAUUGGUUGAACACUGGUCUGGUGAGGGAAGAGGCCCUGCUUUGUAAUUAAUGAGAAUCAGGAUAUAUAAAUGGCUGAAAUGGAGGAUUUUUGGGGAGGCCUUCCAGAUGGCAGAAGAGAUGCUAGUUAAGAGCUGGGGUGGCAGAGAAGCCGAGGUACAUGGGAGCUGAGUGGUUAUGAAGCUGCUACACUGGAUUUAAGCUUGGCCAGGUAGCAGAGGAGCAGCCAAUGGCAGAAAGGCUGAUGGCAGAGAGGUCUGACGACAGAGAAGCUCAGAGCAUCUGUGAGAGCUGAGCAUGCUGCUAUACUGGCUAUGAGCUGGGCCAGUUGACAGUGAAAAGGCAUGACAGCUGAGAGGCCCUGUGUAGAGAACCCCGAAGAGCUGAGUAAGCUGAUACACGGGCCAUGAGCUAGGCCAGUUAGCAGCUGAGAUGCCAACCUUGGAGAUGCCAAUGGUGGAGGGGCCUGAGGGGUCUGCUACCCUGUCUGUCAUCUGUGCUGUUUAGCUGCGGAUAGGUUGACAACAGAGAGACUGAUCGUGGAUAGACUACAGCAGAAAGGCCCACUGGGAGAGAGCUGUUUCUGAGAGCACCAACUGAGAUAGCUGAGCAGGCUGCUACACUGAUUGCGAGCUGGGCCCGUUAGCAGCGAAGAGGCCAAUGGCAGGGAGCCAGUGGUGAUGGAGCCAGACAGUAGAGAGGCUUCAACAGCAGAGAACUGUUCUGAGGUCCUCAUUUACCACUGCAUCAGCAGGGAGCAUUUUUACUCCAAGGGUUAUCCUGCAAUAAAGCUGUCCACACUGACCAGUUUCGCCCUAGUUGCAUCCUAUUACUUUUUAGCUGAUCGUGAUUCUGAGCUGUAGCCUAUUACCUGCCUAAUGAACCCCAUAACUGUAAGUAUGGUUCUUGAGUUCUCUGUGGGAAUUGCAAUGAAUUAACAAACUGAGCAGAGAAGUAGAGAGCGCUGUACGUGGAAUUGCAGGUGUCAGAAAUGGUGAAAAAGCUGGAGAGCAGAGGUAUGUCUGACCUCCUUCUUGUGGGAUCCAGCUUUUUGCUGAUCCAGAUUCUUAUCUGUUAGGAUUGAAUUAUGUCCCCCCAAAAUAUGUGUUGUAUGUCCUAACGUCUAUGCCUGUGGUUAUAAUCAUAUUUGGGGAUGGGUUGUCUUCAUUAUGUUAAUGAGGCAGGAUUAGUGUAGGAUGUGUUUUGAAUUAACCUAUUUUGAGAUACAGAAAAGAUUAAACAAGCUGACAGAGAGAGAGAUGGGGUAAGGUAAGUGCCAAGACAAAUGGAGCUUUCUGAAGAAGCAGGAAGCAGAAGCUUAAGAGACAGACCUUCCUUCAGAGCUGACAGAGAUAGAAAGCCUUCCCCUAGAGGUGAUGCUCUGGACUUGGACAUCUAGCCUCCUAAACUCUGAGAAAAUAAAUGUCUGUUUGUUAAAGCCAUCUACUUGUGGUAUUUCUGUUAUAGCAGCAAAACAUAACUAAGAAUUUGGUACCAAGAAGUGGGGGUGCUUCUCUAAUAGAUACCUAAUAUGUGAAAUUGGUUUUGGAAUUGAGUAACGGGUAGAUGCUAGAACAGUUUUAAGGUGCCUAAUAGUAAAAACCUUGAUUGCCUUGCAGAGAUUGUUGGUAGAAUUAUGGUUGUCAGUGGCAACUCUGGUGAGAGCUCAGAAGGAAGUGAGAAGAGCUGUAGAGAAAGUUCCUGUCGUCUUAGAGAAUACAUAUGGUGCCAGCAACACAGUGUGGCUAGAAAUGUGGGCAUUAAAUGUGCUUCUGAUGAGGCUUUAAAAGAAAAUGUUAACAUGUGUUUGGGCAGUGGAGAUAGAGCAGUGGUUUUUAUUCAAUGGCAAAGAACUUGCCUGAGUUAUAUUCAGAUAUUUUGUGGAAGGUAGAAUUUGUAAGUGAUGAACUUGGAUAUCUGGCUAAUGAGAUUUCUAAGCAAGAUCUUAAAGGUGCUGUGUGGCUUCUCCUUGCUGCUUAUAGUAAAAUGCAAGAGAAAAGAGAUGGAGUUAAAUAUGAAUUGUGUAAAAUGAAACCAGAACUUGGAAAGAUUUGGAAACUUCUGUUGUACAAACUAAGGACACAUGUCCUAGAAUGUUCACUAAGAAUGUGGCUACACAGUCUUUAUUGUUAAAGAGAUUUCGCCUGUGACUGCUGGAUCAAACUACCACAGCAGAAAACCCAAAGCUUAGACUGAAGGAGACAGAAAAACAAAACAGAAGAACACUGUCUGCUGGUUGGAAUUCUACAGACAGGAAACAGGCCAAAGGAGCUAUACCUGUUGUUCUCCAAGAAAAGAAAAGGACCGUCCCUGGAGCAGCUCAGAGAUCAGCAGAACUAUUGGAAGGAGCACAAGAAUCAGGGCCUUCUGGGCUUCAAAGGGUGGGGCCAUAGCCUUCUAGAUUUUAGAGUCUGAUCUUCACCAACUCAGUUCUGGAGUGUGGGACUGCCAUUAAGGUAUGCCAGAGGGAUGGGGCUGCUGCCCAGAGCUGAGGGGGUGGGGCUCCCAUACCCAAGGAGCAGAAGAACAGGGCCUGCUGGGGCUGAGAGGGUGGGGUUGCCACUAGAAGAAUGGGGCCACCCAAAACCAAAGAAACAGAGUUACCAUCACAGAGGGCUUGGAAGGCAGGGCUGAAGCCCAGGGCUGAGGGUCCUCCACACAGAAUCAGGAUGGUGUGGCCAACAUCUAGAGUCUGGAGGACAGGGCCGUUUCCCAAAUGGUCCAAAAGAUUGACAGUUCAUUAUUUAUCCUCUGACAAGGGGAGCCAUUUCCCAGUUUAUUAGUAAGUCAUCGUGUGUCCAGUUCCUGUUGGUAGUGUUAGAAAUGGCAUGCAAAUGAGCUUAGGUAUGUGGAGCAAUUCUACCCAAGUAUAUAUGAAGUAUAUAUGUAAAAGUGCUAGACUACUAGAAAAAGUCAAUUUCAUCUGAGUCAUUUCUUCCAUUAAUUCCUUACAUUGUUUACAUAUGCCACUUCUCUUUCCAUUUUAAUCAACAUCAUUAAGAAUGUGUAUUUUAUUGGUCUUAUCAAAGAACAAACUUUUGGUGUAUUGGGGCUCUUCAUUUUGCUUUUGAUAUUUUUUCAGAGUCUGAUCUUCAUCAGCUUAGUUCAAGAGUGUGAGGCUGUCAUUAAGGUGUGCCAGGGGGAUGGUGUUGCUGUCCAAAGCUGAGGGGGUAGGGCUGCCAUGCCCAAAGGGCAGAAGAACUGGGGCUGUGAGGACAGAGGGGAUGGGGUCACCACUCAAAUGGACUAGGAGAAUGAAGCUGCCCAUAGCUGAGAGAGCUUAGUUGCUGUCCCAGUGAGUCUGGAAGGUGGAGCUGAAGGCCAGGGCCAAGGGCCUCCACCCAGAAUACAGAGGGUGUAGCUAGCACUCAGAGUCUGGAGGGUAUGGGGGCCAUUGACCAAAACAGAGAAAUAUUUAUUUUCAAGCCUUGAGAGCUAAUGUAAUUUGUUCUGCUGGGUUUUGGACAUGCUUGGUGCUUGUUACCCCUUCUUUAUCUCCAAUUUUUCCCAUUUAGAAUGGAAAUGUCUAGCUUGUGCCUGUUCUACCAUUGUACUUUGGAAGCAGAUAACUUGAAUUCUAGGUUUCACAGGUUCACAGAUGAAGAAUUUUGUUCCAGGAUGAAAUACGAUUAAAGUCUCAUCCAUAUUUGAUUUAGAUGAUUUCAGAAGAUGAGACUUUGGACUUGGAGUUGACUGAAGACUUUCGGAAUGAUGUGAUGGGUUGAAUGUAUUUUGAUUGUGGCAAGGAUGUGAAUUUUUUGGGCCCACAGAGUGGAAUGUUUUGGAUUAAAUUAUGCUCUCCAAAAAUAUGUGUUGUAAAUCCUAACCUCUAUGUUUGUGCUUCAGAAUGGAUGUCUUUGUUAUACUAAUGAGGCAGAAUUAGUGUGGGGUGUAUCUUGAGUCAAUCUUUUUUUUUUUCUUUUUAAGAUUUUCUUGUGCUUUACAUGAAAGUUUACACAGCACAUUAGUUUUUCAUUCAGUGAUUCAUACACAAAUUGUUCUGUGACAUUUGUUGCAAUACCCUUGAGUUAAUCUCUUUUGAGAUAUAAAAGAAAUUAAGCAAGUAGCAGAGGAGAGAUGGGGUAGGACAGAUGCCAGGACUCAUGGAAAUCUCCAGGGAACCAGAAGUAGAAGCUAAAGAGACAAAGACUUCCUCCAGAGCCGAUAGAGAAAGAAAGCCUUUCCCUAGAGCCAGUGCACUGAAUUCGAAUUUCUAGCCUCCUAAACUGUGAGAAAAUAAAUUUCUGUUUGUUAAAGCCAUCUGCUUGUGGUAUUUGUGCUAUAGCAGCACUAGAUGACUAAGACAGAAUCCAUCGAGUAUUUAGACAGAUCCUUGUGCUGCACCACAAUUAUUUAUCCCCAAAUGAUUUUAAAAGUACGUGAUAGUUUUUCUGAGUAUUUAUGCCCAAGUAUAUUAUCAAUAACUUGAUAGCAAUUAUAUGUGACUUAAAAAAAAAUCUUAGUUCCACUAGCCACAUUUCACGUGUUGACUGGUGACUACCAAAUUAGCACAAUGAGCGAGACUUUCUUAUAGUUCUGGAGAUAGUAUAGUGAGAGGAAUCUCCAUUAUUUUUAUCAUCCCAGAGAAUUAUAUUGGAGAACAAUUGUUCUAUAUUAUUUCGUAUUUCCCAGCACACAGAAAGAUAAUUAUAUAUUGAUCUGGAAGUAAAUGAAUGAUCCCAUUAACUAAUCAAAGAGCUUUUGUCAUUGAAGUGAAUGAGCCAUUAGAGGGCAGUUUACAGAAAAGAAUUGUCCCCCAGAAACAUUUUCAUGUGUCAUUUGAGAGAAUAAGUAACUGAAUAUAGAGAUGGAAGAGCAUAAAAGAAGGUCCCCAGAAUAAGUAGAAUAAAAUGCAAAGCAAGAGCUUUUACUUUCUAAGAACGGAGGUGGUGGCGGUUGUCGAUUCUGACUCAUGGAGAUUACGUGUAUACAAACUAGAACUGCUCCACUGGGUUUUCAAGGCUGUGACCUUUCAGAACCAGAUCAGCAGGCCUGUCUUGUGAGGCGUCUCUUGGUGGGUCUGUACCACCCACCUUUUGGUUAGUAUUCCAGCACUUAACCAUUUGCUUCACCCAGGGACUCCAAGCAUGGAGCAGAGUAUAGGAGAUGGGAGGAGGUUUAUAAGUCAUAAUUUCUUUUAUAAAAAUCAGCACAAAGCUAGUUCCUAUGAGGCGGAGGUUAAAGAUGUCUCAGAAGUCUGACUUCUCCAAACUGCUAAUGUCAACUACUCUCUCUCCCCUCAAUACUCUCCCUCCCAUUUUUGGGUUCAGUAAAUCACUGCAAGUCUCACAGAGCUCAUGAACCAUACUUACAGUUAAGUGGUUUAUUAGGGAAGUAAUGGUACAAUUUGGGAUUGUACCGUUAUACGGUACAACUUGGGAUUGGGAGCAAUUUGGGAUAACAGGAACAACUCAGGAUGCAGUUCCUCAGUCAGGACAGCUUCUUGCCCUCUGCCACCAGGCCCUGCUGGGGGACUUCUCAGCAGGUGUUAUAACUCUUAGCUCUGUUCGUCAGCAAGCCCCACUGCAACCAUCUCACACUGGUCUCUUGUUUCCUACUGUCUCACACUGCUGGCACUCUUCAUACUGCUUCACCGCCGUCUCUUGCUGUCUUCUGUGCUAUGGCUCCUCUCUGUCUCCCUUUAAGCCUAGCGGGAUGGCAGAACUGACCAAUCCUCUUGGUAGGGUUCCAUGCACCUUAUUUGCAUAGUCCCACCUGGACAAGGAUGCCAUGCACCUAGUUUGCAUUAUUAGCAAGCUGUCCAAUCUCUUGGUGCACCAUAAGCACCUCAUUUGUAUCCUUCCACUUAGUCAUUUGGUGGGAGUUACAAAGACUAUGGCUAGAAGGACUAUAUUAAGUAAUUCACUGCAUCACAGUUGUCUUGGAUGGAAACUGCUAUAUUACCCUUCAGAUUUAAAUUUCAAAGAUCCCAGGUUCUCUGUGACCUUCUGAAUUGAGACGUAAUUUCGCUUCAUAAUUUUUUCUCACUUUGCUGAGCGUGAGGCUCUAGACCCUUCUCUUUCCAGAGUUCCUUUCCUUACUUCUAUAUGCUAUGUUACACUGAAGAAACUUACACGAAGAAUAUGAAGAUAUGUUACGUGAAGAAACUGAAGAUUUUUACCAAGGUCUGUAGUCUGAAGUUGAUCAAAUAUGCAAGCAAGAUGCAUUGAUAGUUACUGGGGAUUGGAAUGCGAAAAAAGAAGGAACAGAGUCAGAAAAUAUGGCCUUGUCGAUAGGAAUGAUGCCAGAGAUUGCAUGAUAGAAUUUUGCAAGACCAAUGAUUAUUGCAAAUACCUUUUUCAGCAACAUAAAUGGCAACUAUACAUGUGGACCUCACCAAAUAGAAUGCACAGGGACCAAAUUGACUACACCUGGUUAAAGACGAUGGAGAAACUCAGUAUCAUCAGAACAAGGCCAGAGGAUGACUGUGGAACAGAUUAUCAGUUGCUCAUAUGCAAGUUCAAGUUGAAGCUGAAGAAAAUUAGAGCAAUUCCAUGAGAGCCAAAAUAUGACCCAGAGUGUAUCCCACCUGAAUUUAGAGAUGAGAUCAAGAAUAGAUUUGACACAUUGAGCACUAAUGACCGAAGACCAGAUGAGUUGCGGAAGGACAUCAUGAACAUGAUACAUGAAGAAAGCAAGAGGCCAUUAAAAAGACAGGAAAGAAAGGACCAAAAUGGAUGUCAGAAGAGACUCUGAAACUUGCUUUUGAACAUCAAGUAGCUAAAGCAAUGGAGGAAACGAUGAAGUAAAAGAGCUGAACAGAAGAUUUCAAAGGGCAGCUCAAGAAGACAAAAACCCAUUGCCACUGAGUCAAUUCCAACUGAUAGCGACCCUAUGAGAGACGGUGUAAACUGUUACAAUGACGUGCAAAGACCUGGCAUUAGAAAAUCAAAAGAGAAAAACACUUGGCAUUUCUCAAGCUGAAAGAACUGAAAACAAAGUUCAAGCCUCAAGGUGCAGUAUUGAAGGAUUCCAGGGGGGAAAAUAUUAAAUGAUGCAGGAAGCAUGAAAUGAAGAUGAAAGGAAUAUGCAGAGUCACUGUACAAAAAAGAAUUGGUCUACAUACAAUUUCAGGAGGUAGCAUAUGAUGAAGACUUGAUGGCACUGAAGAAAGAAGUCCAAGCUGCACUGAAAGCACUGGUGAAAAACAAAUCUCCAGGAAUUGACAGAAUACCAACUGAGAUAUUUCAGCAAACAGAUUCAGUGCUGGAAAUGUCCAAUCAUCUAUGCCAAGAAAUUUGGAAGACAGCUACCUGGCCAACCAACUGGAAGAGAUUCAUAUUUAUGCCUAUUCCAAAGAAAGGUGAUCCAACCGAAUGUGGAAAUUAUCGAACAAUAUCAUUAAUAUCACGUGCAAGUAAAAUUUUACUGAAAAUCAUUCAAAAGUGAUUGUAGCAGUACAUCAACAGGGAGCUGCCAGAAAACUCAAGCCGAUUUCAGAAGAGGAUGUGGAACUAGGGAUAUCAUUGCUGAUGUCAAAUGGAUCUUGGCUACAAGCAGAGAAUAACAGAAAAAUGUUUACCUGUGUUUUAUUGACUAUGCAAAGGCAUUCGGCUGUGUGGAUCAGAAUAAUUAUGGAUAACAUUAUGAAGAAUGGGAAUUCCAGAACACUUAAUUGUGCUCACGAGGAGCCUGUACAUACCAAGAGGCAAUCAUUCGUACAGAACAAGGGGAUAUACUGCAUGGUUUAAAAUCAGGAAAUACAUGUGUCAGCAUUGUAUCCUUUCACCAUACAAUCUGUAUGCUGAGCAAGUAAUCCGAGAAGCUGGACUAAAUAAAGAAGAAUGGAGCAUCAUGAUGGGAAGACUCAUUAACAACCUGCAGUGUGCAGAUGGCACAACCUUUCUUGCUGAAAGUGAAGAGGACUUAAGCGCUUACUGAUGAAGAUCAAAGACUAUAAGCUUCGGUAUGCAUUACACCUCAACAUAAAAAAAACAAAAAUUCUCACAACUGGACCAAUAAACAUCAUAAUAAAUGGGGAAAAGAUUGAAGUUGUCAAGGAUUUCAUUUUACUUGGACCCAAAAUCAAUGCCCAUGGAGUAAGCAGUCAAGAAAUCAGAUGACGUAUUGCAUUGGGCAAAUCUGCAAAGUGUUAAAAAGCAGUGAUACCACUUUGAGGACUAAGGUGCACCUGACCCAAGCUAUGGUAUUUUCAGUUGCCUCAUAUGUGUGUGACAGCUGGACAAUGAAUAAGGACGACUGAAGAUGAAUUGAUGCCUUUGAAUUAUGGUGCUGGCAAAAAAUAAUUGAAUAUACCAUGGGUUCCCAGAAGAACAAAAAUCUGUCUUGAAAGAAGUACAGCUAAAUGCUACUUGUGAGGAUGGCAAGACUUCAUCUCACAUACAUUGGACAUGUUAUCAGGAGGGACCAGUCCCUGGAGAAGGACAUUAUGGUUGGUAAGGUAGAGGGUCAGAGAAAAAGGGGAAGACCCUCAAAAAGAUGGAUUGGCACAGUGGCUGCAACAAUGGGCUCAAACAUAACAUAGAUUGUGAGGAUGGCAUAGAUCCAGGCAGUGUUUCAUUCUCUUGUACGUAGGGUCGCUAUGAGUCAGAACUGACUCAAGGGUGCCUAACAACAACAACCACCACCUUACACUGAGACCUGCUCAUAAGAACAGAGAUGGUAAUUUGCCAUGCUGUUCUGCUAACUCAGUCUGAAAUCCUGGGUCAGUGGGUAAUCCAAUCUUGUAGAUGAGUUCUAAAGCACUGUCACUGGUUUACACACUAGGGAUAUGUCAGGCACCAAACAGGAAGAGAAACAACCCUAUGAACCUUUUAGUCUAGCAAGGAAGACAUACACUAAAGUGGAGAAUAAAACAUCAGGAAGCAAUGAUUACUAUGAAGAAAAAUAAAGCCUAGUAAGUGUAGUGAUAGUAAUGGAGGAGCUGUUUUAGUAAGAAUAUUCAGGGAAGGCUUUUCUGGACAGAUACUUUGAGCCAAGACUUUAGUGAGUGAAGCCAACCAUCACAAUAUUUGAAAGCUUCCUGACUCAGGAUUCUCUCAGAAGCUUGCAAAAAAAAAAAAAAAAAAGCACAUUCCUGGGUCUCAUUCCAGACCUCCUGAACUGGGCCUGGGACCCAGGCCUAUGCAUUUAUAGCAAGGCUUUCUGCUGCAAGCUAUUUUUUUUUUAUUGUGAAAAUAUACAUCAGAACACACCAGCCCAACAAAUGCUGCACUUACAGUUUAACAACUGCUUACAUUUUUCAUGUAGUGUUGCCAUUAUUGCAGUAGUUUUCCAAAAUAUUCUACCACCAUUAACAAAAACUCACCAUACCUGUCCUAGUCAUCUAGUGCUUGUAUAACAGAAAUACCGCAAGUGGAUGGCUUUAACAAAGAAAUUUAUUCUCACACUCUGGUAGGAGGCUAGAAGUCCGAAUUCAGGGUGCCAGCUCCAGGGGAAGCAUUCCUCUGUUGGCUCUGGGAAAAAGUCUUUGUCAUCAAUCUUUCCUGGUCCAGGAGCUUAGCACAGGGACCCCAGGGUCCAAAGGAUGCGCUAUACUGGCUCUUCUUUCUUGGUGGCAUGAGGUCUCCCUGUCUCUGUUUGCUUCUCUCUUUUAUAUCUCAAAAGAGAUUGGCUUAAGUUGUAGAUUAAUCUUAUAGAUUGAGUCUACAUAACUGCCACUAAUCCCACCUCAUUAACAUAGAGAUAUAAUUUACAAUGCAUAGAAAAAUCACAUCAGAUGACAAAAUGUUUGUCAGUCACACAAUACUGGGAAUCAUGACCUAGCCAAGUUGAUACUUUUUGGGAACACAAUUCAAUCCAGGACAGCACCCCUAAUAAAAACUCUCCUUCCCCCCUCCAUCCCACUCCUGGUAAACAUUAAUAAUUAGUGUUUAUAUAUUUGCUUAUUUCAUAUAAGUGAGAUCAUACAGUACUUGUUUUUUUGUGACUGACAUAUUUUACUCAGCAUGAUGUUUUCCGGAUUCAGCCAUGUGUUACUUGCAUCAGGACUUCAUUUCUCUUUAAGACAGUAAUAUUUCAUUGUAUAUACCACAUUUUGUUUAUCAAUUUAUCUGUUGAUGGACAUUUUGGUUGUUUCCAUAUUUGGGCUCUUGUGAAGACUGCUGCUCUGAACAUUGAUGUGCACCUCUUCAUUCCUGACUUCACUUCUGAGUAUAUACCUAAGAUUGGAAUUGCUGGGUCAUGCACACUGAAUUCUGAACAUCUCUGUCCUGAAGUUUGGAUUACUGCUCCCCUCACCACCCCAACUCUAUAACAGGAUGGGUUCAUGGCAGAUACUUUCCAGCAAAGAGUCAGAAAUGGGUGCGCCACAAACCACACCCUCCUCUUCACUUGUCCUUUGAAUCUGCAUGUAUGGGAAUCUCAGAAUCCUGACUGUUCUGACAUCAACUAUGAGGAUAAGCAUCAAAACAAUCCAAAUGCACAUUUCUUACUGCUGUUCAGUUCUGACACCAGCCACCCAUGUAGCGCUACUUUCUCUUACUCUGGCCACUAAGAGCUAGGUCGGAUUUCAUGAGCUAAAACGACACCGUCCUUCAGCUCAAAACCUCGGAUGCCACAAGGCUUCCCUCACUUUUGACCAGCUGGCUGCAUGUUCAAGGUUUUCCCUCCAUCACUUCAUGAUGCCAUCCAUAAGCCUAUGAACCACCACAGGCCUCCCUCACUUAUGACCUUCUCUACAAAUACCCCCUUAGCAUUCUAGCAGCAAGCUUAGGGUUCUCUAGUAGACUCACUUCUGACCUGGUGGCUCCCGUUAAGUCCUUGAGUUUGGUAAUUUGCUAGAAUUACAGAGCUCACUGAAAGUCCUGUAUUUACCAUUAGAACUUUAUUACAGCAAAAAAGGCACAAAUGAAGGCACGCAUAGCUGAAGCCUGGGAGAAUUCCUAUCAUGAAGUUUCUAUGUCCCAAACUCUAUGCUACCGUCUCCCCAUGUGUAUGGAUAUAUUUCACCAAUCAGGAAACCCACGGCACUAUUGUAUCUAGAGCUUUUAUUGGCUUAAUUACAUAAUCAUGACUGGGACCUCGUUGCAUAGGCAUGAUUGAUUGAUUCUUGACCACUUCAUUCUCUGAGGUCAGCUGAUAUUAGGACAGGAGUUGGUCUUUCUGUCUUGGACAUCCCCCGCUCAUUAGGACAAGCCCUCAAAUAUUGGCCCAGAUAACAAAGGCACCUCAGUCACUUUAGGAUAUUACAGAAUUUUUAGUUAUCUUUCAGGAACUGUGGGCAAAGACCAAAUUCCUUUAGGUAAGGUUAAUUGUACACCCCACACUGCACAUUGCGCCAUGGAAAGUCAGAUUAUUGCAUUCUGUGAACUCAUCAGAGUCCCAGGAUGUCAUGGCCAGGCCUGCCCUGAGCCCUUCGGACCAGGUGCUGAACUUACCUCUCAGAGGUUGGCAUCCCAGGUGAAGGAAGCCCGGUGUAUACCUAUACCUGGUACACACAGCCUCUGCUUCCAAACCCAGUCAUCCUCGUGGUCCCAGUGUAGAUCACCCUUUACC